GCAAUUAUCAAUUAAUAUUUUGAGUUAUUUUAUAUCCUUUAAUUGGAUUUAUUUAGUUAUAUGUUGUUUCUGUUAUUGCAAUUCAAUUAUUUUUAGAAGAGAAUUUUAUUUGACAGAUAAGUUGAAAUGGACAACGAUUCGAAUUCCAAAAUCGGCGCUGAUUUCUUUUUAAAAGUUCCUGUUAAACCUGUCUCAAGUGAAAAAAGACAUGAAGAGCCAUCAAUUCCAAAACUCAAAGUCGAGUUACAUACUAUAAAUCUUUCUGAUGACUCCCAAAAAUUGGUAAUGGAUACCUUGAGACACAUUAAUGGAGAUGAUUUUUGUUUGAAUGAAGCAAAUCAAUAUGUGGAUCUAGGAUCAAAUUUGUAUACCAGAUAUUGGAAAGACAGGGGAAACCUUAUAGUGCAGAGUGGUACUGAUUACUCGAAUAUAAAAGAUGAAAAUAGAAUAACAGCAAUGGAAGACAAGUUCCGUGCAUUUGCUGUUAGUAAAUUAGAAAAUUAUGGUUUUCAUAGAAAUCAUUGUGUAGAAGCUCUAGAUCAUACUAAUGGAGAUGUGGCCAGUUCAUUAGAAUUGUUAUAUUUCAAGUAUUAUAAUUUAACUAAGAGAAAUAUUGAUUGCACAUUAAAUGAUCAAGAGCUAUUAAGUCAACGCUGUGAUGAAAAAGAUGUAUUAUUAUCAAUCUAUGAAGAAUCAUUUGUUGAAAAAGAUUUGAAUAAAAUAUGGAGUUUAACUUUAAAACUAGAUAAUUUAUUAAAAUAUAGUAAUUCUAUUAAAAAGCUUAUCAUAAAAGAUGAAAAAGCUAAAACAAAUAAUAAGAAAAAUGUUGAGAAGUGUAGAAAUUUUGCAAAGGGUAAAUGUAAAUUUGGUAUUAAAUGCAGAUUUUUACAUGAAAUUGUAGAAACUAAACCUUCCAAAGAAGAAUUGGUUCGUGAAUCGGUUUUAUUUAAUUUAGAAAUUCGAUUUACUGAAAAUAGCAAAUAUCCAUUUGAACCACCUAUGAUUUUUCUAACAACAACACAUAAGGAUUUUCCAGAUAUGUUCUGUAUGCAUCUGUGUAAAAGAUUAAUUACUGAAGCUCAGAACCUUGCUGAUGAUGGAAUUGCAUGUGUUUUUUCUUUAGUAGAACUUCUUAAAAAUGAAGAAGAUAUGGAUGAAUUUAUUUCUUCAACAAAAAUAAAGUUCAUAGACUGCACUCGAAUGCUGUUUGCAGAUGCUAAAACUGAUAGAACAAAAGUCGAAAACAAUUUGCCAACUCAUCAUGCCAAAGGUUCAACUGGGAGAGAGCAUCGUACUGUGAAUAACAGCUCCAAAUUAAAGGAUGAUGGUAUAUUAGCAACAAAGUUUUUUGAGAAACAAUCCAAUGCACGUUAUAAAGAAUUUAUAGCCAUGCGUAAGCAAUUGCCUGCCUGGUGUGAAAUGCAGCAUAUCAUAGAUGUUGUGGAAAAAUCUCAGGUUGUAGUCAUAAGUGGUGAAACUGGAUGUGGUAAAAGUACCCAAGUAGGCCAAUUUCUCUUGGAUGACUGGUUAAUAAACAGAUCACCAGAAUCUCAUCUCGAAAUAGUUUGUACUCAACCCAGAAGGCUUUCAGCAAUAGGUGUAGCCGAAAGAGUUGCUCAAGAACGAGAUGAACGCUGUGGAAAUUCAAUUGGAUACCAGAUUCGAUUGGAAAGCAAGACUUCCAGAAUGACCAGACUUACAUUCUGCACUACUGGUAUAUUAUUGAGAAGAUUUCUGACAGAAAAGAAUCUUGACUCUAUAACCCAUGUUAUAGUUGAUGAAGUUCAUGAGAGGAGUGAGGAAAGUGAUUUUCUAUUAAUGAUGCUUAAAGAUUUACUUAAAGUUAGAAAAGAUUUAAAAGUGAUACUUAUGAGUGCGACAUUAAAUGCAAAAAACAUUUCUGAAUAUUUCGGUGGUGUGCCAACAUUGGAAAUACCUGGAAGAACAUAUCCUGUGGAACAGUUGUUUCUUGAGGAUAUUUUGGAUGUUAUUAAUUUUAAUCAAGAAGAUAACUCUCAGUAUACAACUCACAAUAAGAAAAAAAUUGAUACUAUCAAUCACCUUGAAGAAUUAAUAACAGAAACAGCAGUUCCUAGUCAUACUAUUCGGGAUGAAAAUUUAAAUAUCAGUCAAAUCUGUGCUAGAUAUAAAGGGCAUACCAAAUUGACUUAUAAAAAUCUGUAUUUAAUGGACCCUGAUAAAAUAAAUCCAGAAUUGAUAGAGCGUGUACUUGAGUACAUUUGUGUAGGUAAUCAUGAUUGGCCAAAAGAAGGAUCUAUUUUAAUUUUUUUACCAGGAAUAUCGGAGAUAUCAACAGUUAUGGAUCAUUUGAAAGACAAUCAUUUAUUUAAACCCAGGACUGGACAAUUCUUGCUAUUGCCAUUACAUUCAACAUUAGGUUCUGAGGAGCAAUCUGCAAUAUUUAAAAAACCUCCACGAGGUGUCAGGAAAAUUGUUUUAAGUACUAACAUUGCUGAGACAUCUAUUACAAUUGAUGAUUGUGUUUUUGUAAUUGAUUGUGGAAAAAUGAAGGAGAAAAGAUUUGAUAGUGGGCGCAAUAUGGAAUCAUUAGAUAUGGUAUGGGUAUCUCGUGCUAAUGCUUUACAACGCAAAGGUCGCGCUGGUCGUGUGAUGCCUGGUGUUUGCAUUCAUUUGUAUACUAGUCAUCGUUUCAACUAUCAUUUUCUGAAAGAACCAGUUCCUGAAAUACAUAGAAUACCUUUGGAACCAUUGAUACUGAGAAUUAAGACAAUGGAGUUAUUUUGCAAUCAAAAUUUGUAUGAAGUUCUAGAAAAGACCUUAGAACCACCUUCUAGAGCUAGUAUUACAUCAGCUAUAAACAGAUUACGUGAUGUUGGUGCUUUGGAUCUGGAGGAUAAUCUAUCACCCCUUGGCCAUCAUUUGGCAGCUCUGCCUGUUGAUGUAAGAAUUGGUAAACUGAUGUUGCUUGGUGCCAUAUUUCAUUGUGUAGACUCAGCAUUAACCAUGGCUGCAUGUCUAAGUUAUAAAACACCAUUUUGUUCACCAUUUGGCAAAAAGGAUCAGGCAGAUAAUAGGAAGAGACAGUUUGCUACAGGAAAUAGUGAUCAACUAACUGUGCUUAGAGCGUACCAGAAAUGGCAAGAAGUUUCUAAAAUUAGCCAUUUGGCAGCAAUAAAUUUUAGUGAAGAAAAUUUUUUAUCUUACAAAACAUUGACUGCUUUAGCAGAUAUUAAGCAACAACUUUUAGAACUAUUAGUAUCAAUUGGGUUUGUCCCAAUAACUAUGCAUCCAUCUAAUAAUAAUGGCAAGGACAGAAUUUUAGAACUAACAGGCAAUGAGCUGAAUGUAAAUAGCAAAAAUUUUCGAUUAUUAUCAGCUAUAUUAAGUGCAGCACUGUAUCCAAACAUAGUGAAAGUAUUCACACCAGAAAAAUCAUUUGAACCAAGUGCAUCUGGUGCUAUACCCCGAUUGCCUAAAUCUGGAGAGUUAAAGUUUAAGACAAAAGCCGAUGGAUAUGUGCAUAUUCAUCCUUCAUCAGUAAACUAUACAGUAGGCCAUUUUUCUAGUCCGUAUUUAGUCUUCCAAGAAAAAGUUAAAACUUCUAAAGUGUUCAUUCGUGAUUGCUCAAUGGUUGCAAUGUUACCAUUAGUUUUAUUUUCUUCUCAUUUAGAAGUGGAACUACAAGGUGGAGAUUUUAUUAUUUCAAUUGAAAAGGGAUGGAUUUUAUUUAAAGCAUUCAAUCAUAGGAUAGCCGAAAUGUUGAAGCAUAUGCGCCAAGAACUUUUACAACUAUUAGAAGAGAAGAUAAAGGAUCCUUACCUCAAUUUACUUAAUCAUGAUAAUGGAAAUAAAAUUAUUAACACGAUAGUCACCAUCAUAUCAAAAGAUUAAUGUGUUGAACAUGAGCCAGUUCAAUAUAUAAUGCAUACACUCAUGAAUGUGAUAUUUUUAUAAUA